AUGCCGCCUCCAUGCGCGCGCAACCCCGUGACCGGCUCCCUCAGCUCGCGCCCUCGGCCGCGUGGCUUGAGGCGCCUCACCGGCCACUGCAGCGCGAGCGCGGCAGCCAGCGAGAACCAGGCGCGCGGCUGUCACGUGCGGGGGCCGGGUCGUGACGUCAUUCGGCGGCGCGGGCUCGGGGCGGUGCGCGACGGGGGUGUGGGCCCGGAUUCCGCGCCGCUAUUGGUCAGAGGGCGGACCUGGGCGGAGCGACUGCGCAGCCCAGGAGGGAGAGAAAGGUGGGAGCCGUGGGAGCCAAUGCGCUUGGAGUGA